UUUCCGGCGCUAUUGCGACGCGUCGCAGCAGUCAUGGCGGGGACUGUCUGGAAUACUGACACUGGAGAAGCUGUGUAUCGUUCCCGGGACCCCGUGCGCAACUUGCGCCUCCGAGUGCAUCUGCAAAGAAUCACAUCAAGCAGCUUUCUUCAUUACCAGCCUGUUGUCCAGCCCGGGAAGGACCUUAUAGACUUAGGCACUUUUACACCGCACCCAAUUGCCAGUGGACACCGCCCAGAUGAAGAGGAAGAUGAAGAGGUCGAGAUUGGGUGGCAGGAGAAGCUCUUUAGCCAGUUUGAAGUAGAUUUGUACCAGAAUGAAGCAGCCUGUCAGAGUCCUUUGGAUUAUCAGUACCGUCAAGAGAUCCUGAAGCUGGAGAGUUCUGGUGGCAGGAAGAACCGACGAAUCUUUACCUACACUGACUCUGACAGAUACACCAACUUGGAGGAGCACUGUCAGAAAAUGACCACUGCAGCCAAUGAGGUGCCUUCAUUUUUGGUCGAGCGCAUGGCAAAUGUUAGGCGGCGACGGCAGGAUAGGCGAGGAACGGAGGGCAGCAUCCUCAAGUCACGCAUCAUCACCUGGGAACCUUCAGAAGAGUUCAUCAAGAGCAACCAUGUCAUUAACACCCCUCUUCAGACAAUGUACAUCAUGGCAGACCUGGGGCCCUAUGGAAAGCUUGGCUAUAAGACCUAUGAACAUGUGCUCUGUAUUCUGAAAGUGGACAGCAAUGGUGUGCUCACAGUAAAACCUGACUUCUCUGGCCUCAAAGGACCCUACAGAAUCGAGACCGAGGGUGAGAAGCAGGAGCUAUGGAAGUAUACGAUUGACAAUGCAUCCUCCCUCGCACAGCCAGAGGAGGAGGAGCGGGAACGGCGUGUGUUCAAGGAUCUUUAUGGCCGACACAAGGAGUAUCUCAGCAGCCUCGUGGGCACGGACUUUGAGAUGACAGCCCCGGGUGCCCUCCGGCUCUUUGUAAAUGGAGAGGUAGUUUCAGCCCAAGGCUAUGAGUAUGACAAUCUCUACAUCCAUUUCUUUGUGGAAUUGCCAGCUGCUAACUGGUCAAGCCCAGAAUUCCAUCAGCUCUCAGGAGUAACUCAGACCUGUGCCACGAAGUCCCUGGGAAGGAACAAGGUAGCUUACUUCUCCUACCCAUUCACAUUUGAAGCAUUCUUUCUCCAUGAGGACGAAUCAGCUGACGCCCUCCCAGAGUGGCCUGUGCUCUACUGUGAGGUCCGCUCCCUGGACUUCUGGCAGAGGUACCGUGUGGAAGGCUACGGGGCUGUGGUGCUGCCUGCCACUCCAGGCGCACACACCCUGACAGUGUCCACGUGGAGGCCCAUGGAGCUCAGCCCCGUGGCUGAGCUGAGGAGGUUCUUCAUUGGUGGCUCUCUAGAGCUGGAGGACCUCACCUAUGUGCGGAUACCAGGAACCUUCAAGGGGGAGCGCCUCAGCCGCUUUGGACUCCGCACAGAGACCACGGGCAGUGUCACCUUCCGCCUGCACUGUCUGCAGCAGUCCAGGGCCUUCAUGGAGUCGAGCUCCCUGCAGAAACGGAUGCGGAGUGUGUUGGACCGUUUGGAAGGAUUCAGCCAGCAGAGUUCCAUUCACAAUGUGCUAGAGGCCUUCAACCGAGCCCGGCGUCGCAUGCAGGAGGCCCGAGACAGCCUCCCCCAGGACCUAGUGAGCCCCUUGGGAACCUCGGUCUCCUAGCUGUCUUUGGCCCUGGCCUGUGACACAAGGGGGAAAGACGAGGGAUGUCAGCCCUGUGCCCUGCUGGCUCUUCAUCUUUCUUCUCAAAGACCACAUUGGCCUGCUGAGGACCAGAAGCACUGGAAGUUCGCAGGCUGGCCCCUCUGCUGGACUUCCAGCCGUGUCUUCUUCCUGCCGGGUGGGAACAAAGCCAGAGACGCUAUGGCCCCACGUGGCCCCUCUUCAUAUUUCAGCUACUGUAAGGAGUGGCACAGCAAGGCAGGACUUUUGGCUGAAACUGAUUUCACAGGUGAACUCCUAAUUAGCCUGUCCUUGACACAGCCUCUCUUCUGGCUUGUCUCAGUCUCAGCUGCAGAGAGCUGCCUAUUUCACAGCCUAUAAAAAUGGAACUUGCAGCUGGGCAUGGUGGCACACACCUGUAAUCCCAGCACUUGGGAGGCUGAGGCAGGAGGAUUACUGUGAGUUUGA